AUGUAUGGAAUGGUGGGAGGAAGCGGGGGCGGGGGGGGCGGAGGGGGAGGGGGCGGGGGGGGAGGCAAGUCGAACCGCAGGUCAACGCACAGGUCGCAGUCGGGUCCCGGGUCAGCCAACGCGACGGGGGGAGGAGGCGGAGGAGGGGGGGUGCAGCGCCCCGCUCGCUCCCUGUACAGGAGACUCCUCUGCUUCAUCAAGCAGGCGUGGACAGGAGUCAAGUUUGGGUCAGACUCCGAACUCGAGAUCAUCGAACAGGAACCACGCUACCGACCCGAAGACAUCAACGCCCUCUGCCGCACCACCCAUUUCACGAGGCCCGAGCUGCAGCGCCUCUACAGGAGCUUCAAGGAUCGGUGUCCUACGGGAGUCGUGCGCGAAGACGCCUUCAAGGAACUGUACUUUCAGAUGUUUCCAAAGGGAGCGUGCACAAGCAAGUAUCCUCAUUACGUCUUCAAUAAUUUGGAUAAAGAAAACACCGGCGUAAUAAACUUCGAGGACCUCAUCACCCUCCUGUCCCGUCUCUCCCGCGGGUCCCUGAACGACCGCCUCCAGUGGAUCUUCAGCCUGUACGACCUCAACGGCGACGGAUGCAUCACCCGCCAGGAGAUGACGGACGUGGUGCAGGCGGUGUACGACCUCAUGGGCAAGCAGACCGACACGCCGGUGGAUGAGCAGACGGUCGGACAGAAAGUGGAGAUGCUGUUCACGACGCUGGACCUGAACAAAGACGGCGUCAUCACCCUGGACGAGUUCACCGAGGCGUGCGCGCGGGACAGCACCAUCGUGUACAACAUCGACGCCAUGCUCCACUGCGACAUCGCCGUCCUGAACUCGAGCGACGUCUCCUCUGAUGUCACGUCUUCGGAUCCCCCUCCGCGAGCCAUCAGGAGGUGACGUCACUAAUCGAGAUCGACGUCGGGAGGUGAUGACGUCACUCACGUAAUCGAAGACAAGGGAU